AUGUUGACAUUCACCGAUGUCACUUGGUUGGACCUAUGCCUUGCUGGUGUCGGAGUCUAUCUGGCAAAGCAAGUGCUCACCAAGAAGAAUCCUGCACCAUACCCACCUGGUCCUGCAGGUUGGCCUCUCGUUGGUAACAUUUCAGACAUGCCUCGCAUCAAGCCCUGCCUCACAUUCACUGAGUGGGGCAAAAAGUAUGGUGAUAUCACGCAUGUCCGAGUUCUGGGUCAACACAUCAUUGUGCUGAACUCUGUCAAAACUGCAAUGGAAAUGCUGGACAAUAAAAGCACUGUAUACUCUGACCGUCCUGUUUUUCCUAUGGGUGGCGAACUUGUUGGCUUCAAGCACGCCUUACCUUUCCUCCCUUAUGGUGACCGUUUUCGCCAGUACCGCAAGAACCUCCACCGUGCCAUUGGCAGCCGUGCCGCAGUGGACGAAUACAGGCAGGUCGAGGAGAUUGAGACUCGCCGAUUCCUGAAGCGUGUGCUUGCGAAACCCAACCAACUACAGGAGCAUGUUCGACACACUACUGGCGCUGUCAUUCUGCGCAUCUCUUAUGGUUAUGAAGUGAAAGAGAACAACGACCCCUUCAUUGGCCUUGCAGAUCGCGCUAUGAACGGAAUCUCGCAGGCCACAACUCCCGGUGCCUUCAUGGUUGAUAUUUUACCGUUGUUGGCAAAACGCAUAGCACGUGAAUGGCGUGAGACCCUCGAAGAGAUGGUUUCUGCACCCCACAAGUUGGUUCAGGAUCAGAUGGCUGCUGGCAUUGCCCCUACGUCUUUCACCUCGAAUCUCUUAGAAGGCUGUGCUAUGUCCGCAGACGAUGAUCACAUCGUGAAAUGGUCUGCUUUUUCUCUAUAUGGUGGUGGUACCGACACAACAGUUUCUGCAAUAUACUCCUUUUUUCUGGCUAUGACACUUUUCCCUGAUUUGCAGAAGAAAGCUCAGGCUGAAAUAGACGCUGUGGUCGGCCCUGAUCGUCUUCCCUCCUUCGCCGACCGCGACUCCCUCCCCUAUAUUGAGGCACUUGUUAAAGAAGUCCUCCGGUGGAAUGUCGUCUCUCCUACCGGUUUCCCCCACCGUGUGACUGACGACGAUGACCAUGACGGGUAUUAUAUUCCAAAAGGCUCCAUGGUAUUGUCUAACAUUUGGUUCAUGCUCAAUGACCAACGGACAUACGCUAAUCCCUCGCAAUUCAACCCUGAACGCUUCUUGACUAAUGAUGGGAAGGAACCUGAGAUGGAUCCUCGCACGAUCUGCUUCGGCUUUGGUAGACGUAUUUGCCCAGGCCUUCACCUCGCUGAUGCGUCUAUUUGGAUAUCUACUGCCAUGUCGUUGGCUGUGUUUGAUAUUUCCAAGGUCGUCGAGAACGGCGUUGAGAUCACCCCUGAGUUUGAACCGUCAUUGGGUAGUAUCAGUCACCCCAAACCUUUCAAAUGCUCUAUUAAGCCUCGCUCUGCAGCAGCCCUUGGACUCAUUCAACAAGAUGCUAACUACUAA